AUGCUGUUUUGGCACAACCAGCCAGACCACCUAUGGCCCAGUCCCGGGGAACUGUACCCAGGGCCUUCAAGUGGCUUGCUCAGGGAGUCCCUGCCCUUGCCCUACCUGAAGCAGGAAGAGCUACACAACAUCCCCAGCUCGGAGCCUCCCUGCCCCGCAUUCCAGUACGUUCUCUGUGCAGCCACCUCCCCGGCUGUGAAGCAGCAGGAAGAGACCCUCACCUACCUGAACCAGGGCCAGUCCUAUGAGGUGCGGAUGCUGUGCAACCCCAAGCUGAGCAAUGCUACCCAGUGGGCCCAGCUGUUGAAGAGUGUGGUGCGUGUGGUUUUCCAUGACCGGCGCCUGCAGUACACAGAGCAAGAGCAGCUGGAUGGGUGGAGAUGGAGCCGGCCAGGCGACCGCAUCCUGGACAUCGAUGUGCCACUGUCCGUGGGGGUGAUAGAACCCCAGGUGCUGCCCUCACAACUCAACACAGUGGAGUUUCAUUGGGACCCAACCAAGAAGACCUCUCUCUUCCUGCAGGUUCACUGCAUCAGCACCGAGUUCACUCCUCGGAAGAAAGGUGGGGAGAAAGGUGUCCCCUUCCGCCUCCAGAUUGACACUUUCAAGCCCAGCGACAAGGACCUUCCACCUGAGCACCUGCACUCAGCGGGGUGCCUCAUCAAGGUGUUCAAGCCCAAAGGAGCUGACCGCAAGCUGAAAACAGACCGGGAGAAGCUGGACAAACAGCCCCUGCGGGAGAGAGACCAGUACCAGGCUGCCUGUGAGAGCACGGUGUUCGCCGAGUGUUCGCCGUGGCCGGACCCCAGUGCAGGGCCCUCCUCGCCGCUCGGCCCUCUUGCUCUGACCUCUCCCCACUGCUGCAAGCCCCUGUCCCCGGAGAGGCUCUGCUCCUCCCCGCCGUUCGCCUUGGACACCUUGGGGGGCAGCCCCGCUGAGGAUCUGAACCCUGGAGCCUCCAUCCUAGAGACGCAGCAGUGGUUGCAUCGGCACCGGUUCUCCAGCUACUGUCGGGGGCUGGCCAACUUCACUGGCACUGAUCUACUGAAGCUUACCCGCCAGGACCUUAUCCAGAUCUGCGGGGCUGCCGAUGGGAUCCGCCUUUUCAAUGCUCUUAGAGCCAGGCGCACUCGUCACCGGCUGACUUUGUAUGUGGCUCAGGAGGCCUCUAGGCAAGAGAAGGAGGUUCCUAAGAACCCUGACUCAGGCUUUUAUCAAGAGAUCUCUCUAGAUGAACUCAGUGCUGUCGAGCUGAUGGGGAAACUGGCUGAGCUCUUGGCCCUCCCAGCCAAUCAGAUCCACCAGCUCUUUCACCAAGGCCCCGGGGGCAUCCUCAUUCUCCUCAGCGACCAGGUGGUUCAGAAUCUUAAGGAUGAAUCAUAUUUUGUGGCUGUGGUGAAAAAAGUGCAGAAUCCAGAUGGCUACUACCUGGUUCUCACCUAG